CAGCUCCAGUGGCUUAGUGCCGUUGAAAAUUGUUGUACACAGUCAAGAUAUUGAUUUUUGCGAGCCGAGUGGAAAACACGACCCCAGAGCCCCCGCCCCCUGCGCGCGACCAGUAGUAGUAGUAACGACUCACGGUCCUUCAAACAUUACGCAGCCCAAGGUUCUGGAAAAAAUCGAAGAUUACGAGCAGAGCAACAAAAAAAACGGGGGCAGAACGUGCAGAGCAAGCGAAGCGAGUGAAAGUGCCCGCAGUAGUCAGCAAAAGUAGAACUCGAACUCGGGCUACAGUUCACCAAGCCAAUCCGAGUUUCCCCACUCGCAGCCUCCACUGAGCGAGCAGAAGAACCCCGGAAAGUAGCACCCCCAGCGGAGAAGGAACGGAGAAAAGUGCAGUCCGCCAACUGCGUCGAGCGCCCCAAGACCAAUUUAACCAGAGGAAGAAAACCAGAAGAGACAGCAGCAGCCAUGGCUUUCGCCGGACUCAAAAAGCAGAUCAACAAGGCCAACCAGUAUAUGACGGAGAAGAUGGGCGGUGCCGAGGGCACCAAACUGGACAUGGACUUCAUGGAGAUGGAACGCAAGACGGACGUCACCGUGGAGCUGGUGGAGGAGCUGCAGCUGAAGACGAAGGAGUUCCUGCAGCCGAACCCGACGGCACGGGCCAAAAUGGCAGCGGUCAAGGGCAUCUCGAAGCUGUCCGGGCAGGCCAAGUCCAAUACGUAUCCGCAACCGGAGGGCCUGCUCGCGGAAUGCAUGCUGACUUAUGGGAAGAAGCUCGGCGAGGACAACAGCGUGUUCGCGCAGGCGCUCGUCGAAUUCGGCGAAGCGCUGAAACAGAUGGCCGACGUCAAGUAUUCGCUGGACGACAACAUCAAGCAGAACUUUUUGGAGCCACUGCAUCAUAUGCAGACCAAAGACCUCAAGGAGGUAAUGCAUCAUCGCAAGAAGCUGCAGGGCCGGCGACUAGACUUCGACUGCAAGCGUCGCCGGCAGGCCAAGGACGAUGAGAUUCGUGGUGCCGAGGACAAGUUCGGUGAAUCGCUCCAGCUGGCCCAGGUGGGCAUGUUCAAUUUGCUCGAGAACGAUACGGAGCACGUCUCCCAGCUGGUCACCUUUGCCGAGGCACUAUACGAUUUUCAUUCGCAAUGCGCGGAUGUCCUUCGAGGCCUGCAGGAGACACUGCAGGAGAAGCGCUCCGAGGCGGAGAGCCGGCCACGCAACGAGUUCGUGCCCAAGACGCUGCUCGAUCUGAACUUGGACGGCGGUGGCGGCGGCCUCAACGAAGAUGGCACGCCGUCUCACAUUAGUUCGAGCGCCUCGCCGUUGCCCUCGCCGAUGCGCUCGCCCGCCAAGUCGAUGGCCGUAACGCCGCAGCGCCAGCAGCAGCCCUGCUGCCAGGCCCUCUACGACUUCGAGCCGGAGAAUCCCGGCGAACUGGCCUUCAAGGAGAACGACAUCAUCACCCUGUUGAAUCGCGUCGACGACAACUGGUUCGAGGGCGCGGUGAAUGGCCGCACCGGUUACUUCCCGCAGUCCUACGUUCAGGUGCAGGUGCCCCUGCCCAAUGGCAACUAGGCUGUUCCUCAUCCUGUUCCUCGUAUUGAUCCCGAACCCGGACUCCCAUCCCCUAAACCAAUCCCAUCCUAUCAAACUGGCUGAAGACGUACGUAGAUCGCUGAUUGGAGAACAAUAACCUUAAUGUUGGUUUCGCCACCAGAGGCGCGAAAUUGGGCAGCCGAAGCCGAUGCAGAAGCAGAAGCAGCAGCAGCAGAAGCAGCACAUAAAUGCAAAUAUAUAUAUAUAGUUGAAUUAGAUGAGCGGGUUACUACGAUUACGGAUAUUACGAUACGGCUUAGCUAGCACACAGCAGGCUAAAUUCAUGGUGGCCAUAGAGCAAGCUAACUAAAUUUUAUGUGCAAAAUUAUACCAGUUGGCAACACAAUAAUUAACAAAUUAACUACGAGUUAAAUUAAUGUAAUGUAUUAACUAACUAAAUUUACAAGAUGUUACGCGCGCAAUGCCACUUCCUUGCGUUUUUACCUUUGAUUCUCAAGCGUCAGCGUUGUUGUUCGUUGCAAGUGCGAACUUUUAGUGCUACUUCACACAAUAGAUCGAUCACGUAUUAGAACAGUUGGCCGGCGGCAGAAGCAAACAGAAAAGCACUCUAGCUAAUUAACUAAAUUACCCGUGUAAUCUUAAUCACCCAUGGAGGCGCGUCUCUUGUGUCCUUCCACCUGAGUUCGUCUAGCCUCCAGUCGUCGGAGGUCUUUUAUCCGGUCUCAUCGUUGUAAUUUAAACCCUACCUACGCCAAUGCGCUCUCUAUGCAAUGUCCAUUUAUAGGCCAAAGCUACGUAUCCACACCAUACGCCCAUAUAUUUAUUAUAUACCCGAAAUACCUACAUAUACCUACUCUACCUACGUAUAUUUGUGCAAAAACAAUACUCUCCCCACACUCUAUUCUAAAAGGCAUACGGAAUACCGUUCUUGAUGUUCGUUGUUCAAUGUAAAGAAUAAUUCAAUUCAAUUUUUGCAAGGAUGAAACAAGCGAAAUUUGUAUCCUACUUUUUGCUCCUUUUUAUGUGUGUUGUUUUUUUUGUUAAUUAUAUACAUAACAACUAUAUAUAUAUAUAUUAAAUGAAAUCAAAUAUAUGUAUAAAUAUAUUUAUUAAGCGUAUUAUCUACAUGUAUAUUUAUUAUUAUGUAUUUAUUAUAAAUUAUACUGAGCAGCAACGUAAACAAUAUAAUGAAUAUUUAAACGAUGAUAACAGAUAAACAGUACUAGCGGCAAGUAAAUGUAACAGAAUCCUCCUAAACAAUACCAACCAACAAGCAUAAUACUAGUUAAACUAUUUCCACAAAAAUGUUGAUAAUAAUAACUUUAAACGUAAGCAAAAUCCAGUCAAGUCAAUCGAAGCAUAGCAACACUUACAAACCUACUAACGCGUUUACCAACCGCAACUCUAGAUCAAAUAUUUAUAUAUUUAACGAGAAUAAUAAACAUUCGACGGCAAACCGAUAAAAUGAUUCAAAAUAGUCUCAUGUUGGCAUACGUGUCCGAUAUACAUACGAAUGUAUAUACUCGUACGUUUAGGAAAGAUAUACACAAGAUACAUAUAUUUACGUAUGAAGAAAAACAUUGAUCUGAAAGCCAUGCAACUUGUGUUGAUAAUGAAUUUGUUAAAUGCCAAGAAACCAUUUAACAAAGUUAUAUAUUUGAGUGCGAAGAUGAAACAUUUGCCUCGUGGACGGACAGACUGCCAGUGCGAACAUUUCCAGAGGAUCCACCCCAUCCAUCUGGGGAGGAUCCCCCCAUCGCCUGGAGACUAUCCUUCCAUGCGAUACCAGAACUUCAAACAAUAAUUAUUGUAAUUUUGCAUUUUUGUGUGGGCGGUAACUUGAAUUAAUAUACAUUACCAGGCAUAUACAUAAUAAUAAUAACUACGCUAAAACUGAAGACCCUAAUUUAUGCAAACCAAAAUUAAUAAAAUUUAAUUUUUAAUGUGUCUUUCGUUCAAAGUCAUAACUGAGAGAAAAAAACACAA